AUGGAGAGCAAAAGACCAGCCCUACAUGGAGAGCAGAAGAUCAGCCCUACAUGGAGAGCAGAAGACCAGCCCUACAAGGAGAGCAAAAGACCAGCCCUACAUGGAGAGCAGAAGAUCAGCCCUACAUGGAGAUCAAAAGACCAGCCCUACAUGGAGAGCAGAAGACCAGCCCUACAUGGAGAGCAAAAGACCAGCCCUACAUGGAGAGCAGAAGACCAGCCCUACAUGGAGAGCAGAAGAUCAGCCCUACAUGGAGAUCAAAAGACCAGCCCUACAUGGAGAGCAAAAGACCAGCCCUACAUGGAGAGCAGAAGAUCAGCCCUACACGGAGAGCAGAAGACCAGCCCUACAUGGAGAGCAAAAGACCAGCCCUACAUGGAGAGCAAAAGACCAGCCCUACAUGGAGAGCAGAAGACCAGCCCUACAUGGAGAGCAGAAGAUCAGCCCUACAUGGAGAUCAAAAGACCAGCCCUACACGGAGAGCAGAAGACUAGCCCUACAUGGAGAGCAAAAGACCAGCCCUACAUGGAGAGCAGAAGAUCAGCCCUACAUGGAGAGCAGAAGACCAGCCCUACAAGGAGAGCAAAAGACCAGCCCUACAUGGAGAGCAGAAGAUCGCCCUACAUGGAGAUCAAAAGACCAGCCCUACAUGGAGAGCAGAAGACCAGCCCUACAUGGAGAGCAAAAGACCAGCCCUACAUGGAGAGCAGAAGACCAGCCCUACAUGGAGAGCAGAAGAUCAGCCCUACAUGGAGAUCAAAAGACCAGCCCUACAUGGAGAGCAAAAGACCAGCCCUACAUGGAGAGCAGAAGAUCAGCCCUACACGGAGAGCAGAAGACCAGCCCUACAUGGAGAGCAAAAGACCAGCCCUACAUGGAGAGCAGAAGAUCAGCCCUACAUGGAGAUCAAAAGACCAGCCCUACAUGGAGAGCAGAAGACCAGCCCUACAUGGAGAGCAAAAGACCAGCCCUACAUGGAGAGCAGAAGACCAGCCCUACAUGGAGAGCAGAAGAUCAGCCCUACAUGGAGAUCAAAAGACCAGCCCUACACGGAGAGCAGAAGACCAGCCCUACAUGGAGAGCAAAAGACCAGCCCUACAUGGAGAGCAGAAGAUCAGCCCUACAUGGAGAUCAAAAGACCAGCCCUACACGGAGAGCAGAAGACCAGCCCUACAUGGAGAGCAAAAGACCAGCCCUACAUGGAGAGCAGAAGACCAGCCCUACAUGGAGAGCAGAAGAUCAGCCCUACAUGGAGAUCAAAAGACCAGCCCUACAUGGAGAGCAGAAGACCAGCCCUACAUGGAAUAA